UCGUCGGUCCAGAGAAAUCGGUGCGACGAGCGAAUGAGUCAAAAGGAUCCUAUCCUGAGGGCUUGUCAAGGGCUUGGGAGUGGGAAAGGUCCGAAAGGAAGAGUGCAACAAGUGGGUACGCUACUUCAUGACGGCUGCCAAGAAGCGUCGGGCAUGUUAGGCCUGAGGAGAGAGGAGUGAGGGGGGGUAAAACUGGCAGACAAAACAGCGCUGUUUCAAUUGCUUGUUGAAUUCGCGAUGUGUCCGGAGCCAGCGAUAAAUUCACGGGACUUGGCCGGCUCCAAUCGGCCGGCGGCUCAUCUCUGCAAUUCAAACCCUUGUAGAGUUGCAGCGAACGAGCCGCUGAGUUUGUUUCCGCGUGCUUCCUUGGGGGGGAAAUCCGCUUCCGACAACGGCGUUGACGUAUACGACAGCACAUUUGUGCUGAGUAUGACUCUUGCGUGCAUGGCUGUCGCAGACCAUGCCGAGGUCGCGAUUCAUAUUAUAAAAUGGGCGCCAGCAUGCUGCGGGAGCGCGCUGGGGGCCCCGAUGUACAGUAUCGCCAUUCCCAGUCGCUGUAGAUUGAUUGCGGUCCGGACUCGAGCCAAGAAAACCGGCUUGUCAGGACUCAGCACCCAUCCAUCCACAUCGCCAUGUGGAAGAGUGGGUCCCGGUGUUGUAAACGCAAGUUUUCAUGCGGCAGUCCUGCAGUUAUGCUUGUCGAUUCUCCAGAUGAUGCUGGAUGCAAGCAAAGCACAACAGGAUGAUUUUGGCGAGUCAAGCUCGGAGCUAGCGUGCUCGCGAUGCGCCGUGAAACUGGCAUGUCUGGUCCAAUAUAAAGCCUUGGAAGUCUGCGCAACGGCUUCCAUAUCAUUCUUUGUGUGGUAAGACGACUUGGAGACUGGCCUGUAUAACCGUGCAAGCUGGCGGUGGCGGCCAGAAUCGAGUGGACGUGUCCGCAUUGCCUCAAAUUGCAAGGCCAUUUGCCAAAGCGCGCCGUACCAUAAUUGCUUGGAGCCAUGGCCGAGACAAAGCUGUUGAUCGCGCUGGGCGUCCCUUCACCCGGAAACCAGGACGGCCGUGAAAGUAGAUGAUGGCUAGGGUGGCUCGCCGAGAGCUAAAGGCAGGGAAUGGACAAGGGAAAGUAGAAAAGAACACAAAUAUCUCCGUGCGUUCAGGGUGAUAGAAUAUGAGAGUCCCUUGUGCCGGCCAUAGAGGGAAGAUG